CAGCUGUUUGGGUAUCCUGCCGUCUGCCGCUCCGAUCUCCUGCCCAGAGUCUGCUGUGUUGAGGCUUCGGCGCGACCUCGGUGAAUCAUGUCUGAUAACGGAGAGCUGGAAGACAAACCCCCGGCACCCCCUGUCCGAAUGAGCAGCACCAUCUUUAGCGCUGGGGGCAAAGACCCCUUGUCAGCAAACCACAGCCUGAAGCCUCUGCCCUCCGUUCCAGAGGAGAGAAAACCUCGGCACAAAAUCAUCUCCAUUUUCUCAGGCAAUGAGAAGGGAAAUAAGAAAAAGGAGAAGGAGCGGCCAGAAAUCUCUCCCCCGUCGGAUUUUGAGCACACCAUCCACGUGGGCUUUGAUGCCGUUACCGGAGAAUUCACUGGAAUGCCAGAACAAUGGGCUCGGUUGCUUCAGACUUCCAAUAUCACUAAACUCGAGCAGAAGAAGAAUCCCCAAGCUGUGCUAGAUGUUCUGAAGUUCUACGACUCCAACACAGUGAAGCAGAAAUAUCUGAGCUUCACUCCUCCGGAAAAAGAUGGGUUCCCUUCAGGAACGCCCAUGUUGAACGCCAAAGGAUCAGAGCCCUCGACCGUGGUGACGGAAGACGACGACGACGAUGACGAUGAAGAAGCCCCUCCUCCAGUCAUCGCUCCCAGACCGGAUCACACAAAAUCGAUUUACACCCGCUCUGUGAUCGACCCCAUUCCCGCACCAGCCGGCGACUCGAACGUCGAUGGCGCCGCCAAGUCUUCGGACAAACAGAAAAAGAAGACCAAGAUGACGGACGAAGAGAUCAUGGAGAAACUAAGAACUAUAGUCAGCAUAGGUGACCCCAAGAAAAAAUACACCAGAUAUGAAAAAAUUGGGCAGGGGGCUUCAGGUACAGUUUUCACAGCCACCGAUGUGGCAUUAGGGCAAGAGGUUGCUAUCAAACAAAUAAAUUUGCAGAAGCAGCCUAAGAAAGAACUGAUCAUUAACGAAAUUUUGGUGAUGAAAGAAUUGAAGAACCCCAACAUUGUCAAUUUCUUAGACAGUUACCUGGUGGGAGACGAGCUGUUCGUGGUGAUGGAGUACCUGGCCGGAGGAUCGCUGACCGACGUGGUAACGGAGACGUGCAUGGAUGAAGCCCAGAUCGCCGCCGUGUGCCGAGAGUGUUUACAGGCCCUGGAAUUUCUCCACGCCAAUCAAGUGAUCCACCGAGACAUCAAGAGCGACAACGUGCUUUUGGGCAUGGAGGGAUCGGUUAAACUCACCGACUUUGGUUUUUGUGCUCAGAUCACCCCAGAGCAGAGUAAGCGAAGCACCAUGGUCGGAACGCCUUAUUGGAUGGCACCCGAGGUGGUCACUCGGAAAGCUUACGGGCCCAAGGUGGACAUUUGGUCACUCGGGAUCAUGGCGAUUGAGAUGGUGGAAGGAGAACCCCCGUACCUCAAUGAAAACCCGCUGAGGGCCUUGUAUUUGAUAGCAACUAAUGGAACCCCAGAACUUCAGAACCCAGAGAAACUCUCCCCGAUAUUUCGUGAUUUCCUAAAUCGGUGUUUGGAAAUGGACGUGGAGAAGAGGGGUUCGGCCAAAGAACUGUUACAGCAUCCCUUCCUGAAAUUGGCUAAACCUUUGUCUAGCUUGACGCCGCUGAUCUUGGCAGCCAAAGAAGCAAUGAAGAGUAAUCGUUAACAUCGUUGUCAUGGCCUUCAUCUUCCUUUUGUUUGAAAAGAAUCUUUAUAAUAUAUUAAAUUGAUGCUCUUUUUAGGGUUUUGCAAGAAAUUUUCUACAAAAAUGGCAGGGGGUGGGGUGGGGGGUGGGGGCAGGGAAAUGUCAUCCAGAAAACAUCAAGAGAAAAUCAAGAAAAAGAAAUGGACUCUUUUAUAAACCCCCUUUUUGGGUCCAAAAGAAUUGUGGACUGAAUCGUUGACCUUUUUCGCCUUCCGGAUGAUGGCUCGGAAAGGUCGUUUCUCCGACCUGGGAUUUGUAUUUUCUUUUUGCUGACUUUGCUGUAGCAGAUCCCAUUCAUUGUGCCUUUAGGGAUACUUCGAGUACUUGAACGGAAGAGUCAAGCUUUUCGAGAAAGGCAUUUGUGUGUUCUGCUAGUCUUCCUUCUCCUUCCGGCCUUCUUUCAACUAUACCUGCCUCUUUUUGGAUUGGUUUGAGGAACUUCUUCUUUUCUUUCUUCAUAUCUAACUUAAAGCCAAGUGUGAUUAAGUAGUUCUGCGCCUCUCCAAUAGUAGCAAAAGGGGCUUUUCAUGGUUCAGCUUUGCAAAGAAACCCUGAACAGCUAACUUGAAUAGCCAUUUUCAUUUAAUAACGCAUCUGGGUUAAGAAUGCUAUGAACUCUGUGGAAAGAGCUGAUUUUUUCGGGGGGUGGUCUUCAAAAUUAUGUCUAAGUGGAAGGCGCUGGGAGAAACUAGUAAAAUGAGGGUAGUUAAAAGAAAAGACAAAGGGCAAUUUUUAUUUAUAAAUCACUGGGGACGGGGAAGGCAAAUUCCACUGCUUAUUGAGUGCCUGCAAGGUUUACCUUCCUCUCCUCAUGCAGCUUUGGUCUGCCACUGUUCUAAGGGAUGUACUGAUCUGUCAGGUUUCAGAAACCAAAAGACUGCAAGCUUGGCCGGUGCCUCUUUUGUCCUCGUUUUUCCUUUUUCAAUUAAGUUUUUAUGUAUAUGUUGUCAUUUUGGUUUGUUCUGCCCCAAGGGCAAAUAAUGCAAUAACCAAGGAAGUUCCAGGAUCGAAGUAUGAAAUAGUUAUUAUUUUUUUUUCCAUUUUGACCCGUGCUACACUUAAGCAGACGCAGAUCAUUCAACAGAUUGGGAAUGUUUUAAGAUUCUAGAGACUUGAAAAUAAACCGCCUUACAACCCACCGGCGGCAGAGACAGACUCACAGUCACGCGAGUGUACUUGGCGUGACCGGAGACAGGUCAACCCAGCGGCUUCCCAGGAAUCGGUGCACGCAGAGGCUCUUGGCGAGAGUUGGGAGAACCUCCAGAAGUGGCCGAGUCUGUGUCUGGGCGAGCCCCCCGGGCCCUUUCUUUCCCCUCUCGGGUCCGGGUGAACGCCGGGCUCCGCCUCCGAGCUGCACGACUCCAUGGUCGGAGCUGAGUCGCAGAGGGCGGGCGCGGGAAAACGUAAAAUGGAUGAACGGUCUGCCCCUCCACAAAGCUCUCAGGGUCUGAGGUGGCGUCGGUGAAGAGUGCUGCGGGGGACACUGUGGAAGAGCUCGCGCGUAUUUGGACUCUUGAGUUUUUUAGGCGGUGGAGAGGCGAGCGGGAUGUCGGUGGGUUCUCAUGUUUCCAAAACGGUCCGAGGGUUUUGCGGGUAAAGAGGACGGAAGAGAAAUGAUAAGCGAAGAAGGACGGAGUUUGCUUGAUGAAGUCAGCCAGGCCCUGCCCCGCCAUAGCUCACGUUUCAAAGGAGCAUUUUUUUUUUAACGUUUUUGCAGGGAAAAGAUUGUGACCUGAACGAAAGCCUUUUAUCCUUUAUUGGGAUAUUUCCCUUUCCAACGUGCCAGGUUCAUCAAGAUUUUGCCAUGGCAGUUCAUACUUCAGAAAAUCCAAACCUGGUCAGGGGCCUUGGGGAAGGAUGUUUUAGAAAUAGGGAAGGAAAGUGAACUGCGGCAGGAUUAUUUCACAUCAUCUCCACCAUCCAGCCAGAGAUGGAAGUCUGAAUUUCCUCUCUUCGACUUCGAUGUCAGGAUAUGGCUGUUGGAACGGAACCGACUGCCAGGAACCUAUGGGAUGGCAGAUUUUCUUCAAAAGGAGCAAAAUGAAACUUUCACAUCUAGCACUUACUAGGAUAGAUUCUCUGCUUUCCAAGCUGGGUCUUGGUUUCAUUUGCCUCCAGAUUCCCAGUCUUCCCGCUGUAGGUUUCCAUCUCCCAGUGAUGACGCUGAUGACUUGUAACAACUGAUCCUUCGUCACCUUGCAGCGCCACGUUUCGCUCUUCACUGUGUACCAACCACUAGAAAGGGGCCUCUGGGGCGACUGAAGGAGGAAGAUGCUACCGAAGGAACGGACAGACCACUAGUAGAUCGAGCCCUGUGAUUUUUAUCGAUUUCUCAAAAAAAAAGCCUUAACUUUGAGGGUGCGGAGCUUAGAUGCGCUUACCUACGGUGAAGAUGGAAGGCCAGAAAAACCUCAGCCGAUGGACGCCGUGGCAACCUAUCCAGCUUGUCGCACGGCUCGGCCCCCAGGGUGGGCGAGGUGGGGAAAAGGGGUGGUCUUGGAUUAUAUUUAACUUUUCACUGCCGGUUCCCUGCACGUCCAUUGCCGGCAACGGGCCUUGCGUCAUGAAAUCUGUUUCUUUGAAUUGGAGAUAUACCUCCCUUUGUUCUUAAUAAGAACAUAUUCAUUGGAAGCGGGAAAUAUAUCUUUGUCCGGGCCGAAAGUGGUAGUUUUGGAGCAGAAGACCUGAAGCGCGAUACGGGAUUGUGAUUGAGUUCAUUGUUCUCGCUGAAAAUUUCCGUCAGAUUUUGUGGAAUGAGCGGCAUUUAUGCAAAUCAGUAUUCCUGUCAUUUUAACAGUCGUUUUUGAAGUGUGGAGUUGUUGCUUUGAAAUGAACUAUCUCUUUUUAACCCAGGCCUUGCCCUAACAGUUAUGUUGGAUUUUUCAGGCCACCCUAUCUAGCGCUACAGCGGUAGCUGUGACUAGGAGAGGUGAAUAUUGCCCUGCUUCCUCUUGCUCGGAUUGCAGUCGUCGUAGGAGCCCGGAGCCAGCUAAGCCGCUAAAUAUUUCUGAAGGGACGAGGCGGGUGAGAGUGGAGUCCCUUGGAUUACAAAGUGUUAAACCCCCCACCUCAAAGCGUGGCCCACCCAAUCCUAAACAAAGCAGUGUGCCUUUGACGUGCGAUUCAAAAAAAAUACCGUGGUUUCUAUGUCUCUCCGGACCACUUUUAAGAAUUCUUGAACCUACCGGUUGAUGCUGCACCCUAACCAGAAAGAAUUUUAGCGUGUCUGAGAAACUAGCCCAACUGGGUUCUGAUAGAGGUGAUAUCAUUUUCUUGAGACCCACUCAGGUUCCCAAAUCUCGACUCCCUAUUUCCACCUUCGGAAUGAAUUGCCUAAUCGACCUAAUCACUUUGUACCUUAGUUCCAAACGUCCAGAUGAAUCCUUGGCAGCAUCUGGUGUCUGGCAGUGCGAUUCCAUAGUUCGAGGGAUAAUACGAACCACCGCCACCAAACGUGCAAGGGGGUGUUUUUAAAGGCAGCCCUCCCAUCUCCCCCAACUUUGUCCCCAUAACGGAAUCAUUCAAGCAAACUUUUAGAAUGUAGAUAUUUACUAGAUGUGUUUAUUUCUGACCGGAGAGGCUGUCGGCCAUGUAGCUGUCAGAGAAAUCGUGUCCUUAAAUUUCAGUUUUGUAGUGAAAGGGGUGGAGGAGCUGUAGUUGGAACAGUCAUCUCUGGUCAAAUUUGUUGCUUUGUUUUUUCUCUCUCCCUUAAUUUGACAGAUGGAAAUUGAAGUAGGUGCAAGUAGCUAUCUCUGUUUUAUUUUUUACUGUCUUCAAAUUUUAUGUUGCCUUUUGUUUAAUUUAAUCCCAUUCUGUUAUUUAAUUGUUACUGCAACAUUAACUACUGUAUUUGAUGAGUUUGAUGGAUAACUUUGUUCUUUCAGGGCUAGAAAUAAAUUUUUUUUAACGUUC